UCAAAGUAGCAGUAUAAGCAUUCUACAGUUCUUUUUGCCGGUAAAUUGCAGCAUACAAAGUCUAGUAUCAUCUCCGACCAUUCUACGAUACGAUGAAUCUUCGAUGGAUGCCCAAUCUGUAAUUCCAGCAGAAAUCGUCGCGCGGUUAGGGUUGCAUUGGGAAUUUUUUUUGGGAGACAGCUAUAGGAGCUAGGGUUUCCGAUUCUUGAAGACUCCAUACUUUCCAUUUCGGUUCUGGUUAUCGCGAUACCUCUUUUUCUUUUUUCUCUUAUUAUUCUUUUUCUUUCUCGAAUUUGGAGUGAUCGGAUAGCCGGUUUAAUUGAUUAAAAUUAGGGCUUCUAAAUUGAUUUGGGGGUCUGGUUAUCCAACAUAAUAGGGGAAGACGGGGAAGAUAGGCGUGGGUUAGAGGAUAAUGUGUAUAUUGUGCGUGAUUCAGAAGUGGUCGCGAAGGGUUGCUACCAUGUUGCCAUGGUUAGUGAUUCCACUCAUUGGUCUGUGGCUCCUGUCCCAGCUCUUGCCUCCGGCUUUCCGGUUUGAAAUCACGUCACCCAGACUGGCAUGUGUCUUCGUGCUUUUGGUUACUCUUUUCUGGUAUGAGAUUUUGAUGCCACAGUUGUCAGCUUGGCGGGUCAGGAGGAAUGCUAGGCUUAGGGAGAGGAAGAGGUUUGAGGCUAUUGAAUUGCAGAAGUUGAAGAAAACAGCCACGAGGAGGUGUAGAAACUGUUUGACUCCAUACAGGGAUCAGAAUCCUGGAGGUGGCAGGUUCAUGUGCUCCUAUUGUGGGCAUAUAUCAAAGAGGCCUGUUCUCGAUUUGCCUGUUCCGCCUGGCUUAGGUCUAUCCAACUCUGGCAUUUUGAAGGAUUUGGUUGGAAAGGGUGGGAAGUUAUUGAAUGGGAAGGCCUGGUCGGACAAUGGGUGGAUGUGCGGGCAGGAUUGGUUGGAGAAUGGAAAUUGGGUUGGUGGGGCUUUUGCUGGGAAGCCAAGUUAUUGGAGGAACGGCGGUGGUUCUUUUGGGGGAGAUGAUCACUGCUUGGCUGAGAGGUCGUAUUCUCAUGUUCUCAUUUUUGCUUGCAAGUCUUUUACAACCUUUUUUUUCAGUAUCAUGGGGCUUUGGAGAAAGAUUUUUAGAGUUAGUUCAUCUAGAGGUGAUGCUUCGCUGGAUGUUGAUAGGAGAGGUGCACUGGAUAAGAGGGGUGAAAAUGUUGGUAAUUGUCAUGAGAGUAGAGGAGAGAAGGCCCGAAGAAAAGCCGAGGAAAAGAGGCAGGCUAGGUUAGAGAAGGAGCUAUUGGAGGAGGAGGAGAGGAAGCAAAGGGAGGAGGUAGCUAGGCUGGUGGAGGAGCGCAGGAGAUUGAGGGACGAGAAGAUGGAGGCUGAGAAGGAACGUGGCAAAGGGUCCCCUCUUAAGGGAAGAGACCGUAGGAAAGAAGCGGAAAAGAAACGUCAUGAAAGAAAGAAGGAAAGAGAUCACGGAUCUAGCAAAAGCAACUCUGAUGUAGAAGAAUUGGAAAAAAGAGCAAGCAGGGAAUGUGAGCGAUAUAAAAAAUGUGACAGUGAUCGACGAGAAAAUCACAGAAGUGGGUCUGAAAGCGCAAAGGCACAUGGUGCUGAAGUUGGACAUCCAUUUAAAAGUACUUCUGUGAACAGUCAUAGUAAAGGAGUUGCCGGAACUAGAUACCUUGAUCGCGUAAGAGGUACCUUUUUAUCAUCUUCCAGAGCAUUUACUGGAGGUGGUUUCUUUGGAAAAAGUUCAGCUAACACUGUUGCAAGAGAGCCAAAAGCUAAUGCAUUUGCAGAUCAAUCUCAAACAAAUUCAAAUAGAAGAGAAGUAUCUCAGCUGGAUCGUGUAUAUUCAAAAUCUAGUGGAAAUGGAGAUGAAAAGAACAUCUCUCGGCCUGCGCUCAUUGACCCUCAACCAGGGGGUUUAGCCCCUAAAAAGUCAUGGCAACAGCUAUUCACUCGCUCUUCUUCUGCUUCCCAGCCCUCAAGUUCAAAUGUAAUAAGUAGGCCAAAUGGAAAAUCCAAACCAGAAGUUCAGAGUCCUUUUACCUGUAAUCCUCCAACAACACAGGCAUUUGACAACCCAAUUAAUUUUGGACUGCCAUCACCGUUUAGUGCAUCUUCUUUUCCUUUUGGGUCAACAAACAGUAAUACAAAUUUUCUUUUGCCAUCUGAACCGAUGUUUCCUCAAAUUGGAGAAGCACCACACCAAUUUUUGCCAGAGGAGUCCGAGAUUUUUGAAGAUCCUUGUUAUGUUCCAGACCCUGUUUCCUUACUCGGGCCUGUUUCUGAGUCACUUGAUAACUUUCAGUUGGAUCGUGGUUUUGUAGCAGAUUCAGGUCUGGAAACACCAUCUACAAUGAAGAAUAUUUCUGUAUCUGCUGAAGUUAAUAGGCCAUCACCAAUUGAGUCUCCGAUAUCACGAUUACGAGUUUCUGAAGAAAGGCAUGCUAAUCCUUUUUCUUUCCCAAGUACUGCAAAGGCCCAGGAUCUACACCAUCUGCCAGUAGGGGGCUCAAUUAAUGCUAAUGACACAGGAACUUGGCAGAUGUGGAAUAGCUCUCCUCUUGGUCAGGAUGGUCUAGGUCUGGUAGGCGGCCCAGCCAGCUGGCUUUUGCCGCCAGAACUGAAUAGGGCAAAGAAUGAAGACAUCUUGCAUCCGACACCUCAGAAAACUAUGGCUUCACUGUUUAAAAAUGACGAUCAAGUCCAUUCUGGCAUUCAUUCCCCUCAGAAUGUGAUUUUUGGAAGCCUCCAUAAUGGCAGGACCGUUAAUAGUUCUGUGUCUGGUGGUCCUGAUGGUUCGUGGUUGCCUAAAACAUUUAUUGGGCCAAUACCUGGGAACGAAGAUCAAUUUUCUCGUAAGUUUAGGGAAGAAGCUGCUCAGAACAAUAUGAUUUAUGGUAGCGCUGGUUGUUCUGCGACUAAUCAUCAAAAUGAGGUGUCUGGAGCUAACUGCUGGGCCAAGAAGGACAGGAAUAUGCCAGUUUCGGGAAUAGGGGUUGGGAACUCAUCAGGGACGAAGCCCCAUAUUGGUGGCCUCUACUCUGCUCCAGAUGUACAGUCUUUUUGGUCAUAUGAUUGCGAAAAGGAAUAGGGAGAUAAGAAAAAUACACCUCCUGUUCUAAAAAAGAGGAAAACCGCCUCUUUUUGAUGGAGAGUUUAGAAUACCGGACACAUUGUAUCUUCCUUCUUUUUCUUUAAGGGAGAUUUACUUACAUCAGCUUGAUAGAUAGGAAUUCCGAGUUGCUCGCAUGCAGUGGCAGUCAGGUAAUAGCUGACGUUAACAGGGUUUAAUUCUUUAACUUUAACUGCUCUCCCGGUGGGAUUGGGCUACGUUUUGCGCCAAGUGGAUUAGCUGCUUGAUACCAGAGAGAGAUGAUAGACUGCUAGUUACCACUACCAUCUUCGUGCUGACAUUAUUGAAUGUCAUUGACUCGAAAGGAAGUCGUGCUUCCACUGGGGGGAAGUUGAGGCAGCUUUUAGUUUAAUGGACCUAAGCUUUUUCGGUUGGUAGAGCUACAGGCAUCUCUUUGGGCUAGCGAAGCCUGGUCCAGUCGGACCCCCUUCCAGGCAGUAGUGCUUUGGUGUCUUUCCUUUUGCCUUGUUUUGUUUUUUAUGUCGCCUUUGUGAAGUACAAAACUUGCCAUCCCCUAGAACAUGAUAAACGAGUAUCAUCAAGCCAUCCUGGUUGGGACCUCCA